UUUAUUUUUUUGAGACAAACUCCCCCAAAUCUGCCAAAGCCCAAACGCGCGCGCGAACGCGUGGGCCGCCGCCGCGACAGGCCAGGAGCCCCGCCCCGCGAUGCCGCCGAAGCCGCACGCCGCCGGCGGUGGCGCCUACGAGUACUGCGAGCUGUGCCGCCGCAACCACGACCAGGGCCGGCGCCACCGCUACUUCCCCGCCCACCGCGCCGCCCUCGCCGCCGCGCUCUCCGGCUUCCGCGCCAAGCUCGCCGACCUCCGCCGCGCGCUCCUCCGCCCCUCCACGCCUGGCCCCCGCUCCCGCCUCUGGUGCCCCUUCUGCUCCGCCGACCUCGUCGACCUCGACAGCCGCUUCGCCUGCAGCAAUGCGAUUUACCACCUCGCGAGCGAGGAGCACCUGAAGGGCGUCAAGGAUUUCCUGCGGAAGCAUGGGGGCGGGAUGGAUCAGGUCGAUUUGUUUAGGAUCUCAGAGGAUGAGCUUGCAAAGUGGGAGAAGGGCUGUGAGUCUUCCGGUACUGAAGCACAGGCAUUGGCCGAUGGCAUGAUUGGACCAUCUCUGGGGCCGUUGAAAGAUAUCCAAAAUGAAUCUACCUCUAAAAUUUCGGAUAGUUUUGCUGAAACUGACAUCCCAUCUUUUCAUAAUACUGCAUCUUGUGUUGUUAUGCCUUUACAAAGUCCUACCAAUGGGGCCUAUUACCCCACUAGUACAGCGUGUUAUGGAUCUUCCACCUCUGGAAGUGUUGCUUAUUCUGCUCCAUUUGGUACUUCCGGACUGCCUGUCAAACCCUGUGUCACAACACAUGGACAUCAGGGGAUGCCGAGCACAAACAUGUUUCAUAGUGCUGAUGCACAAAUGAAAGGUGCUCAAUCUACUUCCCUCGGAAAUGGACCAAAUCCACCGGCUUCUUCUUUUGUAUAUGUCCAACAGGGCCACUCUGGAGGGAAAUUCAAUCAGGGCCUGAAAGCAAAUGUGCAUACUGGUGCUCCUCCUCCAUGGUUAGAAGCUAGUGAGCAUGAUCCAAAGAAUGUGUCACUCGCCAGCUAUGCUCUUCCAUCUUCUCUGAAAGGAAAAUCAAGAAAACUUAACCCAAAGCGUGUUGGAGCUGCAUGGGCAGAGAGAAGAAGAGCUGAAAUGGAAAUGGAAAAGCGAGGUGAAGCCGUUCCAGAAACGCCUGAUGCUAGUUGGCUCCCUAAUUUUGGUGGUGUCUGGCAAUCUGGUUCGCGAAAGGAAUCGAGGAAAGAGUUUGAGAAAAAUCAUAAGCUUAAAGAGGAGAACAAUCCUGAGUUACUCACUGAGAUAAAACCAUAUAUCAGCAAAAGGAUGCGUGUAGGCUCUAAUAAAGAUGGACAACCGGACAGCACUGUAGAAUAGUGAGGAGAUGUGCAUUGUCCUGCCCGAUGCUUUAUGUUUGACAGCGUGCGCAAUGCCAAUCAACCCAAGUGAACAAAAAGGCGGGACACUUUCCAAGAAGAGUUACCUGUCUUGUAAAAAUCUUUUCAGAAUGUUGGUUGGUGCCUUGUUGGUCGUGGGAUUUGCUCCUGAUCAGAGGACAUAGAGGGCCUGGGACAUGGAUAUUUGACGGUCCUAGCUGAUAAUUAAGGGUGAGUUGCAGGUUUAUGUCCCGUCUAGUUUAGCUCUUCGAUUAGCUAGCUAGGCAGGCGGUGUGCAACUGUAGCAAACCUAGAGUGUAGUAAUCAGCUUGUUUGCCUGGUGACAUGUAAAGAAUAGGCGGUGCAACUGUAGCAAACCUAGAGUGUAGUAAUCAGCUUGUUUGCCUGAUGACAUGUAAAGAAACCACCUAUUUUUUUUAUUUUGUUUUACCAACGUUGCUGUUCAAUGGCUGACGCUUGGCAUCUA